AUGCGUGCACAGUACCUGAUCGGAAAUACAAAGUCUCCAUAUGACUGGGCGUCGAUGAUUGUUGACGACAAAACGCUGUCGCGGAUGCCCCGCAGGAUACGAAAUUUUUACAGAUCCCAGAAUGAGCUCGCGGAGCGAUACAUGGAAGUCGACAGUCUACUCGAUUCAGACAUCUCUCACACAAUGAUCCAUGAUUAUACAGAUGGCGUGUCUGCUGCAUCACGAAGAACUGCUGUGCCUGCAAACAUAGACGAGGAAGGACAGACGCAUUUAAAUACUGACGCGCGUGAAGAAUACUCUGGCAUUGUCACUCUGGCAAUCAUAGUCAAUUUCCUGAUCAACAUAUUUCUGCUGGCGGGAAAAGGCGCUAUCGUGAUUCUCACAAAUUCAAUCUCGGUCAUUGCAUCCUUGGUAGACUCUGCGCUCGAUUUCUUGUGCACGACAAUAAUCUGGCUGAGCACAAGCAUGGCCGAAUCCACCGACUCGACGACCCGAUUUAAUUAUCCGGUCGGCCGUAGCCGGCUGGAGCCGAUCGGAGUGCUUGUGUUUUCCGUCAUCAUCAUCGUGUCUUUUUGUCAAGUAGCAGUCGAGGCGAUCGAGCGGUUAUAUAGCGGUCCGCGGGUUCCCGUCAGGUUGGGUCUACCAUCGUUUGCAAUUAUGUCGAUGGCGGUCAUACUAAAGCUGUUUGCCUGGCUAUGGUGCCGGUCAAUAAACUCAUCGGCCGUGCAAGCUCUAGCCCAGGACGCAAUGUCCGAUAUCGUGUUCAACAUCUUGUCAAUGCUCUUUCCAAUCGCGGGACACUUGUUCGGAUACUGGUGGCUGGAUCCUUUGGGCGCGUUGCUCUUGUCGAUAUACAUCAUCCACCAAUGGGUCGAGACCACGCUCGAGCACAUCCGCAACCUGUCUGGAGUAGCCGGCGACUCGGUCGACAAGCAAGUCGUCACCUAUCUCUGUCUGCGAUUCGCAGAAAGCAUAAAGCAGGUGACGGCGGUCAACGUCUAUCAUUCUGGCGAUAGACUACAGGUCGAGGUUGAUAUAGUAGUCGAGGACCAGCUGUCGCUCCGCGAUACGCACGAUCUGGGCGAGGCGCUGCAGUAUGCGAUUGAAACGCUUCCUAUGGUCGAGCGGGCGUAUGUGCAUCUCGACUACCGGGGCGAUAACUUUGUGGGCCACAUCCAGAGAUGA